CUGUCAAGUCAGCGGUCAGCGCGGCGAUAUGUCUUCUGUCUGCUGUGGACUGGAACGGAAAGCCGAUCGGCUCAACCAACGCGCCAUCCAUUUUACUCGGCAUGGUUUUGGUUGGUAGGUAGCUAUGCUUCACCGCGGGCCGAGCCGGCCUCUACAAAUACUCAUCCAUGUGCUUCUCAUUUCCUCGGCCACCACCACCACACAACACCCACACGCGCGCCGCGCCUACUCGACGACCUAGAUAGCUGCUAGCGAGCCUGUCCAUCGAUCGGCCUCGUGCUUGAGCUCAAACCUGUUGCAUGGUGUGCGUGCGUGGCAUAGAUAGAUAGACAGAUCGACGAUGGCGAGGUCAUCCAACAAGAAGAAGUCGCAGCAGCUGAAGCAGAAGCCGGUGUCGGCGUGGCAGUUCCUGUUCCGCGGGUGCCUGGGCGGGGCCGCGUCCGGGAGCAGGCGGCGGAAGAACAAGGUCCAGCCGCGGUCGUCCACGCAGCAGGGGCGGGCGGCGCCGCCGUCCCCCGCGCCGUCGUCGUCGACGGGGCUGCAGCACCAGCGGCUGUCGCUGACGGACGUGAUGAGCACGGCGUCGGACCAGGACCUGUCGGUGUCGCUGGCCGGGUCGAACCUGCAUGUGUUCACGGUGGGGGAGCUGAAGGCUGCGACGCAGGGGUUCGUGGACAGCAACUUCCUGGGCGAGGGCGGGUUCGGCCCCGUGUACAGGGGCGCCGUGGCCGAGGGCGCCAAGCCGGGGCUCCGCUCGCAGCAGAUCGCCGUCAAGCUGUGGGACCCCGAGGGCACGCAGGGCCACAAGGAGUGGCUGUCGGAGGUCAUCUUCCUGGGCCAGCUGCGCCACCCCAACCUCGUCAGGCUCGUCGGCUACUGCAGCGAGGAGGAGCACCGCCUGCUGGUCUACGAGUACAUGCCUAAGGGGAGCCUCGAGAACCACCUCUUCAAGAAGUUCCCGCCCGUUCUGUCGUGGGCAACGCGUCUCAACAUCGCGGUGGGCGCCGCCAAGGGGCUCGCCUUUCUUCACGACGCCGAGAAGCCCGUCAUCUACCGCGACUUCAAGACAUCCAACAUUUUGCUCGACCCGGACUACGAGGCGAAGCUGUCGGACUUCGGGCUGGCGAAGGACGGGCCGGAGGGGGACGACACCCACGUGUCGACCCGCGUGAUGGGCACCCAGGGGUACGCGGCCCCGGAGUACAUCCUCACGGGGCACCUCACGGCCAAGAGCGACGUGUACAGCUUCGGCGUGGUGCUGCUGGAGAUGCUGUCGGGGCGGCGGGCGGUGGACAGGGACCGGCCCAGCCGGGAGCAGCACCUGGUGGAGCACAUGCGGUCGUGGCUCAAGGACCCGCAGAAGCUGGCCCGGGUCAUGGACCCGGCCCUGGAGGGCAGGUACCCCGCCGCCGCCGCGCACCGGGCGGCGCUGGUGGCGUACCAGUGCCUCAGCGGCAGCCCCAAGAACCGGCCGGACAUGUCCCGGGUCGUCCAGGACCUGGAGCCGCUGCUCACGGCCACUGCCGACGACGACGUGCCCGCCAGCGAGCCGACGGCGUGCGUGGAGCCGGAGAGGAAGGACAGGACGAGGAGAAGCGACGGCGGCGAUCGCAGAGACAAGGCGCGCCGGCCCGAUAAAGCGCCGGCCAGGUCCCCGAACCCGAAGAGGGCCGUCAGGAGACGGGCUCCGGGCCAGAGCGAGGAGUUCUGGGAGUGGAACAUGCCCGCUGCUGCUGCGCCUGGACAAGGGAAAUCGUAGCAUCAUGGUAGGGUGUGUGUGUACGGUGUACCUAGCCAUAGUUUUUUUUAAACAGUGCCGGCUGCUAGCUUGUGCAGUGGUUACUACUUUUAUGUAUAAAGAGAGGUGUAGUAUAAUUGUAGAUGAUACGUAUGCCUUUGUUCAGGGUUACACUUCUGUCUGUUAAUUCUAACUUUGCCCGGUCCGUUUGGUCGAAUGGUUCUUGUACAUAGGGAUAAAAUUGGACGAAAAACCUCUCUCUUGUUUUCGUA